CAUACACAUCACAAAGAUGCCCAAUACGCUAUAACUCCUAAAACAUCUCACAUGAUUAUUAUGUUUUGCUGCCUGUGCAUGAAGUUAGUUAGGUUACCCGUACAAAAAAAGCUAAGGCAAAAACUCCACCAAAAUUUGACCACUCCUUUUCCAUCUAACUAACCAAAUUAUAUAUAACCACGUUCAGUUUCGUUCCGAUCAAAUCAAAUCAAACUAAAUCCGAUCCCCAAAAGUGAUUAAUUUAAUUGAUUAUUCACCAUGGCAAACGCCCCUAAUUCACAACAAUCAUCAAAUAAGCCACCCCUUAAUGGACCCUUGCUCGGUACAUCCACACCCCGGAGUACAGGCUCAAUCCACAAGACCUUAUCUGGUGCAGCAAACCUCGCUAACCUUCUGCCCACAGGCACGGUCCUUGCAUUCCAAGCCCUGAUCUCUCCCUUCUCCCACAAUGGCUUAUGCCAUGCUGUCAACAAAUACCUUACGAUCUCUUUGAUCACGGUGUUUGCUCUCAUUUGCUUCCUGUCCUCUUUCACUGACAGCUUCAUUGGCCCUGACAGUAAGGUGUACUAUGGAAUCGCUACUCGUAAGGGUAUCUACAUUUUCAAUGGGAUGAAAUGGGAGGAUGAAGAGAGGAGAAAUGGUAGAGAAGCAAAAGACUUCAGCAAAUACAGGAUUAGGUUCAUAGACUUUGUUCAUGCUUUUGUUUCAUUGGCUGUUUUCUUGGUGUUUGCCUUCAGUGACUAUCAUGUGUUGAAGUGUUUUAUUUGCAAUCCUACUGAAAAAUAUUGGGUUAAUUCAUUACUUCAGAAUUUGCCCCUUGGAAUCGGAGCUUUGUCAAGUUUCUUGUUCAUGCUCUUUCCUACUAAUCGACGAGGGAUUGGAUAUUCAGACAAGGCUGCUACUUAGCUUAAGCUUAUUAUUCUCAAAUACGUUCCCCUGAAUUUCUCUGUAAAAUGGUAGGUACAACCAUACAAGGCAAUUAUACACAAGGAAUUUUAUACAAAUGAACUUCAUUUGAUUUACUUACAACUAUUUUUCAUCAAGCAGUACGAUGUAAUCUAAUACAUACCAACUCUGUAACUCCCUAUUUCAAGUUUGUGGUACUAGCAAAUGUAGCAAUACUUAUUUAUCAACAAAACAAAGAGAUACAAUUUACUACCAAGUGUAAAUUUUAGCCUUUUCAACAGAGCUAUGAAUCUCAUCAUCCUACAAAUAAUUUGAGAUAUGUGAGAUGGUUGCAAGUGUCCCAAAUUUACAAUCCAAUAUGCUGCUCAUUUUGGCUCUUAAUAGCCAUUGCUUGUUAUACUAGUUAUAUUUUCUCCGUUACAUAUUAAUUGCAUCAUUUAGUACACUAGUUGCAGACUACGGAGUGUAUAUUACAUAAACUUUUACGCUUUCAAGUGAUGAUAGUUUUCCUCUGCCACCUUAUUCCUACCACCACCACCACUGGCUCACCGCUACACCCUCACAACCCCGCCUGAACCGCACCAUAAGUCCAUAAAUCCGGAACCCCUUCACUCUGAUCACAUAUCCUUAUAGUCUAGGGACCAGUACUCUACGAGUUCAUUUGAGAGACUUUCCUUUAACCUUAACCUCACUGUAAUGGCCACUUCUCCUUACCAAUGAAACACAGAGAUCGAAAAGGGGUACAUACAUGAUACAUAUCUAGUUGAAGCACCUAAAAAGUGGCUAAACAACCGAAUAAGAUUGGUAUAUAAGUAUAUAUUGUUAAUUCUAGACUCCAGACUCCUAGAAUCAAAGCUCAAUUUUCAAACAGAUAGAUAGGAUAUAUGCUUCUUCUAUCUAAUCUUGCUGAUUCACCUCUAUCUCCCUCUUUUGCAUGAUUCCAAAGCAGGAGCUCUGGAGCUGCUGCAAUAGCAAUCAAGCAAGGGCCUGUUCUUGCCGUUUCGAAGUUUUUGGUAUGAGGGACAGGGAUAAGAAGGAUAAGCGGGUGUGAUAGGAUAGAAAAUUGGUGAGUGAGAUAAUGUCCAUAAUGAUGAUAUAAGUGUUUUAACUUCUUUGAUUUAAAGCUAACUAGUUGUUGUGAUAAAUAAGUCUGGGCCACACUUGUCACGA